AUGGCCGAUGCGCAGUCGUCUAUCACGGUCGCGAUUCGCGUUCGGCCGUUUACGAUUCGUGAAGCAGCACAAGUUCACCGAGCCGAAGACAAUACACUUUUCCUUGGCGAUGGCUCUCUCGCAGGAGCCCCGGCCCCCAAGCUGCAUCAGCGUGGCAUUCGAAAUGUCAUCAAAGUUAUGGAUGAGCGCUGCCUCGUCUUCGAUCCACCCGAGGAUAGUCCAGUGCACAAAUUCUCCCGAUCCGUUAUCCCCGCCUCCAAAAAGGUCAAAGAUCAGAUUUUUGCUUUCGAUCGUGUCUUUGACGAAAACACGACUCAAUCAGACGUCUACGAGGGCACAACCAAGAACCUUCUCGACAGCGUUCUAGAUGGCUACAACGCUACUGUUUUUGCUUACGGCGCCACGGGCUGCGGAAAGACGCACACCAUCACGGGAACACCACAGUCGCCAGGUAUCAUUUUCCUGACGAUGCAAGAGCUUUUUGAAAAGAUUGAAGAGCGCAGCCAAGACAAGUCAACCGAAGUCAGCCUGAGCUACCUGGAAAUUUACAACGAAACUAUCCGCGACUUGCUAGUUCCAGGAGGCAGCAACACCAAAGCUGGACUGACUUUGCGCGAAGACAGUAAUCAGGCAGUGACCGUCGCCGGCUUGACAAGCCAUCACCCCAAGGAUGUGCAGGAAGUCAUGGAUAUGAUUGUCCAAGGAAACGAAUACCGCACAGUAUCUCCGACACAGGCCAACGCCACUUCUUCUCGAUCUCAUGCCGUUUUGCAAGUCAACAUUGCUCAAAAAGAUCGAAACGCCGAUCUCAACGAACCUCACACAAUGGCGACACUCAGCAUUAUUGACCUCGCCGGCUCGGAACGAGCAUCCGUCACAAAGAAUCGCGGCGAACGUCUGGUAGAAGGAGCCAAUAUCAACAAGUCGCUUCUCGCCUUGGGUAGCUGCAUCAAUGCACUUUGCGACCGCCGCCAGCGCGCCCAUGUCCCUUACCGCAACAGCAAGCUCACACGACUGUUGAAGUUUUCCUUGGGCGGCAACUGUAAAACCGUCAUGAUUGUUUGUGUUUCUCCUUCUAGCGCCCACUUUGACGAGACCCAAAACACACUUCGUUAUGCGAACCGAGCCAAGAAUAUCCAAACCAAGGUCACUCGAAACGUCUUCAACGUGAACCGCCACGUCAAAGACUUCUUGGUCAAAAUUGACGAACAGAUGGCGCUCAUCACUGAGCUCAAGGCUCAACAGAGAGACUCCGAGAAGAUUGCCUUUGCAAAAUUCCGCAAACAGUACGAUAAAAGAGAUUCCGUGGCUCGGGAAGGAGUGCAACGUCUGCGCACAGCCUACGAUAACGCCGCCGCUGAUAGGCAAGAACGCAUCCAAAACAUGAAGAGACUUAAAGGCUUUGAGAGAAGGAUUUCGCUCCUGACUGGUUGGGUUGCAGCUUUUGAUGCAGUGUGCGAGCAAAGGGGCGACAAGGGCCCGAUGCCUGACAAUCUAUCUGCCGUGCGCAAAACUGCCCAGGGUAUCUUGAUUGAGUUGGAGCAUAGCCGUCAGCACAUCCAUCAAAAGCUCGAGCACUCAACUUGGGAGCGUCACAUUGACACCGCAUUGGCCCAUAGCAUCCAACAGCUGCAGACCACUGAAGGCUCCGAUACUGGAGAGAUUAAUGACCUCAACCGAGAAGCGGAGCUGAUCAAGGCAAAUUUUGGUCGUGAGGCUUACCACGAAGUUUUGGAGCAAGAAAAGGUCGGCGAUGCAGCAAUGCUGCAGAUGCUACUAACUGCCCAAUUCGAAAUUCUGACUUCGCUCUCUGAUAUCUUGGCUAUGGACGAGCAGAGUGCGGUAGCACACGCAAAAGAGGUCUUUAUCAAAUUAUUGCAAACUGGCUUCUCUUCAGCAUCACAAGUCGUUAAACCCGAUGGUUCUAUCCCCAUCAGAGACUCUACUUCCUUUUUGCAAAAGGGCUCGGUGAAGAAGAGUUCUCUUUUUGGCCAGGGGAAGCCCUACGAGGCUCCUGUGCUGGCUGCAACGGAGCCAGCAGAAAAUACCGCCACCAGCCCUCUGAAGGCUUCGCCGAGAAGACGUAAGGUGCUUUCCUCGGCCAAGAAGGCUGUCGCUUUUACACCAGUCAAGAAGGUCAAAAAGAGUGGCGUGAGGUGGCGUGAUGAUGAGACAGAGGAGGGCACUCUGGAGGACUUUGAAAAGACGCCUAAGAAUCUUAAAAACAGGUCACCCGAGAGGCUAAUGGAAGCCGCGCACAUUAUCGAGCAGCCUGUGGAAGAGCUGAGAUUCUCGAGCUACGAUCAAGCUACGGAGGAUGAAUCAACAUUGAUUAUCCCCGAGGCGACCAGCUUUGCAAAGCCCAGCCGAUUCCAGGCGGGAUUUCUCAGCAAGUCGUCUCGACCUUCCAUGCUUCCGGCUGGAUCACCAUUACCCCAGCCACUCACGCUCGGUCCAAGAUUGUCGUCAAGCUCUCCAGAAAUGGAAAACGGCUCGCCCCUCCGAUCACUCGAUGCCGCUAAGCGCGGCAACAUGUCGCCACCGCCAUUGACGCAAGGGAAUGGAAACAACCCUCAGACCUCUUUGCAGACCAUCGUGGAUGAGAACUGCCCUCCAUCAUCCGGCGCUUCCGGGUCCGACUCCGAAUCAAGCUUGCUCGACCCGCGUAAGCUUCGCAAUGCUAUGAACUCGGCCAAGAAAGAACUGCCUCGUAGAGGCUCGUCCCAGCGUGUCGAGUUCUCUAGCGAGCUCAACAAAUGGUAUCUCACGACACCGUCGAGGAAGCUUGGAGCGAAAGCGGAAUCCACCUCUGUCGUGCUCACCAGAAUGGAAGGAGCGCAACCUCACUGCUUCGCAGGCUAG